AUGUUUCAAAUAUUUAGUGGCAGUUCUCGUCGACCAAGACAAGUCAAUCUUUCGGGUCAAAAUCCAGAUCCAUUCGCUGCCAGCUCCUGGAAUACUUCAGCUUCAGCUUCCGGUGCCCAAAAGACAGUGGCACAUGCGCAACAAGAGAGGGAGCACCGUCAGAGAGAAAGAGAGCGACUCAACGCUUCCAAGCAAAUCCAGAGAGUAUGGAGGGGUCACAAAACUAGAACCGAGCUCGCAGAUGCACGACGACGACACUACCAGUCGAUCUACCCCUCUCAAGAAGAAGGGGCCGAUACCUCCGUUCCGGUUGAGCAAAUGAAGCUGUUGAUUGCAUUUUGCAAUACCGAACGAGAAGAUGAUAUAGCUCAAUUGACGGCACUUGGCUGGAAGUUCGUUCAUAAUUAUGAUGCUCAACUCAUAUCCCAAGAUGAAUAUCAACCUUAUUUGUUCAGACUAGCAAAGAUCACACUCAGUGCUCUCAAGCAUUCCUUACCCAGCUACAACACAACCCUAUUCCAGCUUUUGUCCAAGAUAGUAGUCCACAGAAGAGAUAUACUCCCACAUAUUUCAGUUCCUUAUUAUAACUUUCUUUCAGCUGCCGUAGUUGCGAGCAGGCUUUCCGAUGAAUGGCGUGCAAAGCUUAUCUCAGCAGUAGUCUUUCCUCUCGAAGAGCCCCCCUCGGUAGCAACAGAACAAUCCAUUCGACUGUCACUCGAUACGUAUUCCGCCAUGGCAUCUCGAUUUCUUACCACACCAGAUUUGUUUGCUAGGCUAGGAGGUUUAGAUGGCCUCGCAUCUAAGUUGAGUAUCAGUCGUCUAGCUGCAGCUAUAGUUCGUGACUAUUCCAGCAUUCCCACGUCACAGUCAAAUACAGAAGCAAAACUAUGGCUACUUGCCCACUUCAUUGCGAUAUACCAUCUGCGAGAGCAUCGUGAACAAGAACCUGAGCUAUUGAGAGCGUUGUCUCUCCAACUAUCGGCGUGCUCAGUCGAUAUUAUUGGCAGAAUGGAUGGUGUCAAACCAUUAACCAAUACUGCCCAAAAUGAGGAAAGCGAAGAAAGCGAUGAUGUAGCUGGAGUUCGGCUUGUUCAGAACUUGCCUAUAUUCAUUAGCACUCAAUUGAUGUCUCUACUGAAUAAAGAUUCUAUUGCCGGGUUCCUAACCAGAUUUAACAUCGAUUAUGUCAAAGGCUCGACCAUAGGACAAGAAGAUGCAAGCUCUCUAGCGAGUUACGCUCUUACACUGUUGAGAAUAUUCCCAGAUCGUGCUGAUGAAAUUCGAAUGUGGCUUUGUUCCGGCUCUAUGACAACUUCGAAUGGGAAUGAGGUCCUAGCUCUUAAGUUCUUCUGGCAGGCAAUGAGUUCAACUAGCACCUUCAAAGCAAUCAUGGCUGAUUCGAAAGCUGCAUUGGAAAUUCUUCGAUAUCAAAAGCAGCACAGUAAUGAACCGUCUCAAGAAGUUCAAGUAAGAGAUCAAGAAUGGAGAACCAUUCUUCUGUUCUUGGAGCUAUACACGUUCAUUCUGAAAUUCAUAGAUGAUGAGGAUUUUCUAGGCAGCAGCACAGACUCAAGUGAAGCAAGUGGAACUGUUUCUAAGAUUCGAGGAAGUGCACUUCCAUUAGAAGCUGUCGAGAAACUCACACUUUUCCUGAAGAACCUCUCGUUCACUACUUAUUACAAUGCUGCAGAACUUUCUGGUGAUGAUAAGCCUCUAAUGGAAGGUGGUCUCGGCACCUAUUUCGGCGUCAAUAAUCAAUCCGGAAAAGACAAAAUAGAUGUUUCUGACGAGGAACUAACAACAAGCAACUCAAGCUGGCCAUUCGCAGGGAUUUCGGGCAUGACUUUUUACUAUUUGCGAACAAUAGUCAUCGGGGUCAUGCGAAUGAUUUAUGAACGAGAUUCGAGACGACAAUUUCUGCCCAAGGAUCACUGGCUCAUGACGACACGUUUUGACAUGAAAGGCUUUAUUGUUGACGUUAUCAGGGAGGCAGAAAGACGGCAAGAGGUUGGGGACGGUGAAGGCGCUGAAGUCGAGUUUGAGGAGGACGACGCAGACGAGCCAGUUCAGACACUCAAUUUUGUUCGUACAGCUCGGCCGUAUCAAAUGAGACAGCAGGAGAUGAUAAGAAAGCAACAGCAAAAAAUUAAUAAGAGAAAACUUAUGGCUGCUGUUGGGCCACGAAUCGAAGUGUUGCAAAAUAUGCCGUUUAUCAUUCCUUUCGAAACUCGUGUUGAGAUAUUUCGUCAAUUUGUCCUAUUGGAUCAACUCAAGAGACGAUCAGGAGUUGUCGAUCCAGAUUCUUGGCGUAUGCGUGUUGAAGAUUUGGCAAAUAAUCGACAUGCUGCACGAGAAGCUCUUGGCAAGCAUCAUGCACAGAUUCGUCGAGAAAACGUAUUUGAAGAUGCAUUUCGGGCCUUCUAUCCACUUGCAGACGGUCUCAAGGAGCCAAUUCAAAUCACCUUUAUUGAUAGCUUCGGUGCCGUUGAGGCUGGGAUUGAUGGCGGUGGAGUGACGAAAGAGUUUCUCACCAGUGUUACCAACGAAGCAUUUCGCGCCCCCCUAGAUUCUGGUAGUGGUCCAUCUCUGUUUGUGACGAAUGAUCAAAAUCUACUCUACCCCAACCCAACAGCAGUGCAACAAGACCACGAAUUCUUGAGAUCAAAUGAAAUAGACGAAACCAACCCUGACUGGAAGGCAUAUAGUGUACAGUUGCGCAAUCGUAUGCACUUCUUAGGUCGUAUUGUAGGAAAGUGUUUGUACGAAGGAAUUCUUAUCGACAUCAAUUUUGCUGGGUUUUUCCUUCUCAAAUGGUCUGCUGCAUAUUCUGGACCAGAAGCAGCAAGUCGUGCUAAUCUCAACGAUCUACGAGAUCUCGACGAAGGAUUGUAUCAAGGACUCUUAAAACUCAAAAACUAUGCUGGAAAUGUCGAAGACUUCUCGCUCGACUUCACCAUAAUCGACACAAUCCCUAACAGUAUACCAGGCGGCCGUCCCAAAAUCAUCACCCGAGAUCUCAUGCCUAAUGGCUCCAAUAUCACUGUCACAAAUGAGAAUCGUCUCCUAUACAUCGCAUACGUCGUUCGCCACCGUCUCCAAAUCCAACCUUACGAGGUUACUCAGGCUUUCCUACGCGGUCUUGGCCAAAUCAUCAAUCCCUCUUGGCUGAGUAUGUUUAAUCAAGCUGAACUUCAAACACUCAUUGCGGGCGAAACAUCUGAGAUAGACAUCGAUGAUCUGCGCGAUAAUACGCAAUACGGCGGUGUAUAUCAAAUCGGCGACGAUGGACUCGAACACCCAACCAUAGUCAUGUUUUGGGAAGUCAUGGAAGAAUUCCCAGAUGAAGAUAAGAGAAAAGUACUCAAAUAUGUUACGAGUACCCCUAGAGCACCGUUACUAGGGUUUGCACAGUUAAAUCCGCCGUUCAGUAUUAGAGAUAGUAGUGGAGAUGAAGAGAGAUUACCGAGUGCUAGUACGUGUGUUAAUCUGCUGAAGCUGCCGAGGUAUCAGAGCAGAGAGAGGUUGAGGGAAAAGCUGCUGUAUGCGGUUAAUGCUGGAGCGGGAUUUGAUCUUUCGUAG